GCGCAUUCCCUUCCUUUAUAUCUAUCGACGACCUCUCCCGUGUGCCCAGUGCCCACAGGUGACGCUCUUUACCUUGCUCCGACUAUCCUGUUCGGCUCCGAAUUGAUACCCGUCCUUUCUGCCAUUCAUCUCGUCUUCGGACCUCCCACGUCCGAACGCAUCUCCGGCCCCUCGGUUCGUGCAUUCUCCGUUCGCCUCCCCUAAAUUGUGGAUCGCGAAAGAUCCGGAUCCAGCAACCGCGGCCCUUGUAUACUACUAGUACCUCUUUUUUUUUCUGUUCUCUUCUUCUCUCUCUGUUAUCGAUAUUCUUUUUUGGCUCCGCCCUGUUUAGACCGCGUGACCCGUCAACCUCCAACCCAUGUGUUGAUCGUCCAAACCUUUCCUGCUGUAUCUUCAACACCUUCUAACAUCGGCUGGCUGUUGUCUUGACCAUGGCAGUCAAUGCGUCGGUGGUCUAUGACCUCCCGCCUCUUCCGGCGUAUACCUUGACACCACGUCCACCUCUUUUAUCUCCGAUUCCUGAUAACAUCUUGGCGCUGAUCCUACCGAUUAUCGCUUACUGGGCCUUAUCCAUGGUCUAUCACUACAUUGAUGUCUACGACUUAUUUCCCCAGUACCGUUUGCAUACUCCAGCGGAGGUCCUCAAAAGGAACCACGUAUCGCGUUGGGAAGUCGUGAAGGAUGUCGUUCUACAACAGAUAAUUCAAACCAUAGCCGGUAUGGCGAUGUCGUACUUCGAUCCCGUGGAAUGCUUUGGGAAAGAGGAAUAUGAUGUGGCAGUCUGGGCCCAGCGUGUCCGCCUCCUGCAAAGGGCCCUCCCACGUUUGUUGGCGGCGUUCGGCAUUGACUCGAUCGGACUGGCGAAAUCUCUGACGAAGAAUGGCCAUACGAUACUGGGAGCUGUUCUCGCCGGUGGACGCUAUCCGGGACUCACCCAAACCUUGGUCUUGGAGAAUGGCGUCGAAGCCAUCGCUCCGGCAUUCGCCGGUUGGGAAUUGUCCGUGGCUAGCUUCAUCUACUGGUACUUCAUUCCUACGGUGCAGUUUGUCUGGGGUGUAUGUGUCGUGGACACCUGGCAGUAUUUCCUCCAUCGUGCCAUGCACUUGAACCGUUGGCUUUAUGUCACCUUCCACUCGCGCCACCACCGCCUAUACGUCCCAUAUGCGUUCGGUGCUUUGUACAACCAUCCCGUGGAGGGAUUCCUUCUCGACACUGCCGGUACUGGUGUUGCGUUCUUGACCGCUAGAAUGACCAACCGCCAGGCCAUGUGGUUUUUCACCUGUUCGACUAUCAAGACCGUUGACGAUCACUGCGGUUAUGCGUUCCCCUGGGACCCCUUGCAGCACUUUACUUCCAACAAUGCCGCCUACCAUGACAUUCACCAUCAGAGCUGGGGUAUCAAGACCAACUUCUCCCAGCCCUUCUUCACCAUCUGGGACCGGCUUCUCGAAACUCAAUGGAAGGGUGAUGUUAAACUUCGUUAUGAGCGGGGUCGUGACGCAGCACAGAGGAAGCUGGACGACGACAGCGUUCACGAGGUUCGAGCCAAGGGAGAGGGCGUAUCGUCUUCCGCUACGGUCUCAUCGGAUGAGCCGGCAGACACAACUGCACGAUCACGAUUGCGCAAAAGGACGGCGACCUUUGACGGCCUGAAGGGCUCGAAGCACGGGGUGGCCAGCAGCGUCCUCUAGUCCUCACCUUCUGGCUUCUUCUGUACCUUUCGCUACCUUUCCUCUCCUCGGGUAUUCUCUUCUCGGUGAAUAUUUUUAUAAUCCUAAUAUCUUCUUUCUCGACACUUUUUUGUUACAUUGAAGGGCUUCGGAGGGGCAGGACGCCUCCGAACUUUCAGGACUAUUGUUAGUAUUAAUAUUGGGGAUCAUGAGUAUAUGUUGGCUUGUACAAUGACUUCUCUUUGGUGGUAAACUCAUUAUAAUUAGGAUGAUUUAUGGCAAUGGGUUUGGACCGCAGGGCCCAUCACUACCUUUCUUUUCGAUCUUUUUUCUUUGACUUUCUCCAGAGCCCUUUGCUUUUUUUUUAUUUCUCAAAGAACGUUUUUUCUUCUUUUGAUUGUAUUAUGAAUUACAUACUAGGUUAUGUUCUGAAUGCACAACAGAUGCUUGAUCAACACCGUGUGUAUAUCUCCCAAACGACGCAGCGUUGGAACCCAGGCGGCGUUCAGGCCGAUGUGAUCACAUCCUACCUUAUUCUUUUAGAAGCAUCCCUAGGAUCUAAAUAGAAAGCUCCAGUUGGUAUCUUG